AUGGCGCGAAGUGUGACGCUAUUUCUGCCACUCAUUGCAAUAUGCUCGCUCACGUUGCACACGACGUGUCACGCCAGAGAUCUGAUCAGUGCGGAAUCGCGUGUCAGUCGGCGCGAUGUGCGUGAGAAGAAUGAUGACCAUUAUGUAGAUCAAUCGGAAUCCAUCGCGGUGGUGUCACCGGUUGCGAAGGUGGUCGAUGUUGACCUGGAGACAGCAGCGUCCGGACACAAGAAUCAUCAUCACGAGUCCGGCGGUGGUCACAAACACGAGUCUGAUCAUCACGAGGAACACGGUGGCAAGGGUGAGAAAGGAUACAAAAGCCAUCAUCAUCACGACAAAGGUCACAGUGCUAAGGACGAUAAGGAGCAUCACUCCGGUCAUCACGAGGAACACGGUGGCAAGAAAAAAGGUCAUCACGACGAGCACGAGAAGUACGGCGAGCAUCACGAGGGCGAGAAGGGUCACAAAGGUGGCAAGUUCGGUGAGAAGAAGGGCCACAAGAAGGGCCACAAGACCAAAGGUUAUCACAACAAGUUCCACAAAGACGAGUAUCACAAAGAACACAAGUUCUACGACGAUUAUCAUAAAGGUGGGCAUCACGAGAAGCACGGUGACUUCCACGGUCAUCACGAGAAGAAGGAGGGUCAUCACAAGAAGGGCGGUCAUCAUCAUUCGGGUUAUCACGAGGAUCAUCACGGCAAGAAGGGCCACCAUGACAAGGGUCAUCACGACGAGGAACACAAAGGGCACCAUGGCAAGCAUGGUCACGAGGAACAUCACUCCCAUCACGAUUCCUAUGGCAAGAAAGGCGAUCAUCAUUCCGGACAGAAGUACGGCUACAAAAAGGGACAUUAGAAUUGUGCGCUCAUCAUGGAGCGAAGAGCAAUCGCUCGUCUUACAAUUACGGCUUUGUGUACCUGCUUCGAACGAACUCACGCGACAAUGUCGCGUGGCUGUAUAUUUUGUACCAUUUUCUUUACAUAGUAUAAUGUGUAUACUGAUACUCCCACAAAAGUCACAAAAGAAAUUGUUUGGUUUCACCGGUCUCUCUUUCUCCUUUAACCUUAAUGGGACAAAUAAGUUUCUCCCCAGCUCAUAUUUGUCCCAGCUAGCUACAUUACAGUCAAGACGGCAACUCGUGAUAUUACGCCUUAUCGAUUUCUCACGAUUUAUUGUCGCCGUUUUUCUUGGCGGCCUUUUACCACUCUUCUUAUCGGCAAACUAAAGUAAUUUCGCCAUUUCCUCUCUCGCCUUCGUUCAUGACAGAGAUAGCGAUUGUACGAUAACACACGAUCGUUCCCUAAUCAUGCGAAGGAUGUCAUUUGUCGAAAAAAAAAAAAAAAAAAAAA